AUGCUACCGCUUUCGCUGCUCAAGACGGCACAGGGACACCCUAUGCUGGUGGAGCUCAAGAACGGGGACACGUACAACGGCCACCUCGUGAACUGCGACACGUGGAUGAACGUCAACCUGCGGGAAGUCAUUUGCACGUCAAAGGACGGCGACCGGUUCUGGAAGAUGCCCGAGUGCUACAUUCGUGGCAACACCAUCAAGUACAUUCGCGUCCCGAACGAGAUUCUCGACAUGGUGCACGAAGAAGACUUGAGCAAGCGCGAUCGUCAAGCGAACCGUGGACGCGGCCGUGGAUCGCGUGGCGGGAUCGGCGGUCGAGGAGGUCGUGGAGGGCGAGGCGGACGCGGUGGACGCGGAGACGGCGCGGACGGCAGCGGUCGUGGCGAAGUCGGCCGUGGCCGUGGUCGAGGUGGCGGUGCGGUCGCGGUCGAGGACGCGGUCGCAACGACAGCUAACUACCUCCAGGGCGCUGGAGCAGCGCACGGUGCAGUGCUGUAG